GGGUUGAACACUAAAUAUGCUUCUAAAAUUAUUAUUGUUGGUGUGCCUAGCAGCCUUGAGCAAUGCUGGCCUUAUUUCACCAGUUUACAAUGCUCCUUACGCCUAUGGUGGGUGGAACCCAUACAGCUCGUACCCUGCUCAGCCAGCAAUCGCUUCUCAGCAUUCUAACAUUUUAAGGUCACCAUUUAAUCUUGGCCAGGUAUCAACAUACACAAAAUCCAUUGACACUCCAUUUUCAAGCGUGCGUAAGGCUGAUGUGCGUGUGAGCAACCCCGGCGUGGCCAUUGCGCCUGCAUACACACGCUUUGCAUCACCUCUAGUAUCGCAUGUCGGUGUUGCUGCCCCUGUGGCCAAGGUUGCUACAACUGCUGGUCUUCUUGGAGUGGCCUACUCUGCUGCACCCACUGUGUCUCACAUGACUUACACCAAUGGACUUGGUCUUGCCUAUGGCUGGUAA